AGUUCAGUUGACUAGUUAUUGUUGCAGAAUGAUCACCUUCGGCUUGCUGGCGGUGCUGUUGCUGUUGGCUUGGCUCUGGCAGCGUUGGCACUUUGGCCACUGGCAGCGGCUGGGCGUGCCGCAUGCACCCGGCGCGCCCUUUGUGGGCAACGUGUGGCGCCUGCUGCGCGGCUGGUGCUGCUUUGGCGACCAGUUCCGCGAGCUCUAUGAGUGCCCCAGUGCCAAGGGGCAGGCGUACGUGGGCAUACACGUGCUGCACAAUCAUGCGCUGCUGCUGCGCGAGCCGGCGCUGAUCAAGCGUAUUCUCGUCGAGGAUUUUGGGCAGUUCUCCAGUCGCUUUGAGACUACAGAUGCCAUUGGAGACACGAUGGGCGCACAGAAUUUGUUCUUCUCCAAGUACGAGAUGUGGCGCGAGACGCACAAGAUAUUUGCGCCCUUCUUUGCCGCCGGCAAGGUGCGUCAUAUGUUUGGGCUCCUGCAGCAGAUUGGCCAGCAGCUGGAGCAGCAUAUGGCCAGGCAGCUGGCUGCCUGCGGCACGCCGGAGGGCACACUGGAGCUGGAGGUCAAGCAGCUGAGCGCGUUGUUUAGCACAGAUAUUAUUGCCUCUCUGGCCUUUGGCCUGGAGGCCAAUUGUCUUCAGCAGCCAGACGCAGAGUUUCGGCGCAUGUGCAUUGAGGUGAAUGAGCCGCGUCCCAAGCGUCUGUUGCACCUCUUCACCAUGUUCUUCUUUCCGCGCUUCUCGCGCCAGCUGCGCACCCAUCUCUACUCGGAGGAGUACGAGCGCUUCAUGCGGCAAUCCAUGAACUGGGUGAUGGAACAGCGUGCGGCCAGCGGGGAGCAGCGUCACGAUCUGAUUGACAUAUUUCUGCAGCUGCAGCGCACGCAGCCGCCGGAGAGCGUGGUGCACCGACGUGACUUUUUUGUGGCACAGGCAGCAUUUCUGUUGCUCGCUGGCUUUGACACCUCCUCCUCGACGAUUACCUUUGCGCUGUACGAGCUGGCCAAGCAGCCGGCCAUACAGCAGCGCCUCAGGCAGGAGUUGGCGACGGCGCUGCUGGGCAGCGGAGCCGCGGACGGACAGUUGGACUACGAGACACUCAGCGGACUGCCCUAUUUGCGGCAGGUGGUGGAUGAAGUGCUGCGUUUGUAUCCGCCGACUGCAUUUCUGGAUCGCUGCUGCAAUGCCAAGGCUGGCUAUGAUUUGUCCGCCUGGAGCUGUGGUUCCGCCUUGCGGUUGCCGCCUGGCACGCCCGUCUACAUCUCUGUGCUGGGACUGCAUCGCGAUGAGCAGUACUGGCCUCAGCCUUUGAAGUUUGAUCCGGAACGUUUCUCGCCGGAGCAACGGGUGCAGCAUCAACCCAUGACAUAUUUGCCGUUUGGCGCCGGUCCGCGCGGAUGUCUGGGCACGCUGCUGGGUCUCCUGGAGAUCAAGGUGGGUCUCGUCUACAUACUGAAGAACUAUCGCGUAGAGACCUGUGCAAGAACCCUGCCGGAGAUGAAAUUCGAUGCCAAAGCCUUUGUGCUAACAGCUGCGGGAGGCACCUAUUUGCGGUUCGUCCAGGAUCCGCUGUGAGCAAAAAACUGGACACAUGUGUUGCAGUUUUUUAAAUUUUCACUUUAUUGGGCUUAAGAUCAGCUCAAAAAUGUUCACAAAAUUUGCCAGUUGUGCUAGCCAAAUACUGCUGGCCAUAUAAAUGGCUAAUCAGUUGUUAUCUGCGCAGACCGUGGACUGUAUUUAUUGACUUGUAAGCUGGCUUAUCAAAAAGUAAUUGAACAAAGUGCAUGUUAACAAAUUAUAAAAACUUAAAACCUAUAAAACAAGAAAUUUCAAUUUUCAGUGUCGCGUUACUUUAAGUGCAAAUAAAAUUUGAUAAGGGAUUUAA